CUAUGGACUACUCCAGCCACAACAUCAACUAUCUAGCUAAUCUACUUUUACAAUCAUUGUUGUCAAAUAACUUCAAAAGUGGUAUAUCACAUCCUAUCCCGGACGAAAUAGCAUAAAAUAGGUAUUCGCAACAUGCUAGCUAUAAACAGUACGCUUGCUAUGAAAUUAAAAUUAACCGACAGUCAGCAAGCUAGCUAACGUUAGCUAGCUCUGACAGGGACAGCUAGCUUUCUAGUUAGCGAACGACGUUAACCGUUUGGUUGUGAAGUUGCCGAGGUUUUACAUAGUUUCGACGUAUUACUGAAGGUUAGUUAACUAGCUGUAAUCGUCUAUAACCGGUUAGCGUAGCUACAAAUGAGUAGCUAGCUAGUUACUAAUUUCAGUUUGUCAAAAAUAUUGUUGCAAAAGGUAGCUAGCUAGCAAGAGAUAGGCCACUCGCUACUAUGUAGCCAGUUUAAAGCUGUCUGGUCAGUUCGGCGCUAUAUUGUAACUCAGUGCUAGAGAGAUCAGCAGCAGUUAACGUUAGUCUGUUGUAGUAGGCAAUAACAUCCUAGUGGACACAGUUAUCUGCUCGCUACAGACGUACGAUUCUGGUUUAUUGUUAGUAACAGUGUUAGCUAGUAUUUUCGUUUUAGUAGUAGAUUAGGCGGAACAGCGGGAUGUCUAGGGGAUUAAGUCUAGCAAUGAUAUUGUUUAGAAAAUAAAGCAACAAAACUAUGUUUAUAAUGCAUGCAACGGCUCCCAAAUGAAUUCUUACAUAAGGCUACAUUUGUUAUUUUCUUUGACUACAUAAAAUCUGAUGCGUCUGAGGUUAUUAUACAAAACACUUAAGCUAAAUCGGUUUAUUUAUUUUGAAGAGUAGCCACAUAAACAUUUGAAAUGUCUGGAGACGGCUCGGAUAGUAGUAGUAGCGAGGACUCCGAUACUGGGAUCCGGAGGAAAGCCUGCACUGUCAAACAUGAGAUCACCAAUGCAAACCUCACGGGCCAUACUGAGAGAGUGGGCAUGGAGAACUUUGAGCUUCUCAAAGUCUUGGGCACAGGAGCCUAUGGGAAAGUUUUUCUGGUCAGAAAGAACAGUGGUCAUGAUGAAGGGAAGCUGUAUGCCAUGAAGGUGCUGAAGAAAGCAGCCAUCGUUCAGAAGGCAAAGACUGCAGAGCACACGCGUACAGAGAGACAGGUGCUGGAGCACAUCCGCCAGUCCCCGUUCCUGGUUACACUGCACUACGCCUUCCAGACCCAGACUAAGCUCCAUCUCAUCUUGGACUAUGUGAGCGGAGGGGAGAUGUUCACACACUUGUACCAGCGGGAUCACUUCUCUGAGGAAGAGGUGCGGAUUUACAUCGGGGAGAUUAUCCUGGCCCUGGAGCACCUCCACAAGCUGGGCAUCGUGUACCGGGACAUCAAGUUAGAGAACAUCCUCUUGGACAGCGAGGGACAUUUAGUGCUAACAGAUUUUGGGCUCAGCAAAGAGUUCCUGGAGGAGGAGAAGGAAAGGACGUAUUCGUUCUGUGGCACCAUAGAGUACAUGGCUCCAGAGAUCAUCAGGGGGAAGUCUGGUCAUGGAAAGUCGGUAGAUUGGUGGAGUCUGGGGAUCCUGAUGUUUGAGUUACUGACGGGGGCGUCACCAUUCACCCUGGAGGGGGAGAGGAACUCCCAGAGUGAGGUGUCCAAGCGCAUCUUACAUUGUGAGCCGCCGUUCCCCUCUAUGAUCGGCGCAGUGGCUCAGGACCUGUUGAGGAAGCUGUUGGUCAAAGACCCCCACAAGAGACUGGGCUCUGGGCCCCGAAGGGCCGAAGACAUCAAGACUCAUGCCUUCUUCAAGGGUCUCAGUUGGUCAGACCUGGCUGAGAAGAAGGUAGUCAGCCCAUUCAAACCAGAGAUCAGGAGUGAGCUGGAUACAGGGAACUUUGCUGAGGAGUUCACUGGCAUGAAUCCUCUCUACUCUCCAGCCAGCACCCCACCAAGCACUGAUCGACUGUUCCAGGGCUACUCUUUCGUUGCUCCCUCCAUUCUGUUCAACAAGAACGUGGUGAUGGGGGACUUCAUGGAGGGCCAGAUGGGAGCAGAGCGGCCGGGCUCAUCCACUGUCCGUCGCAGUGCUAUGUUAGCGGACUCUACGUUCUUCCAGCUGUAUGAGCUGUGCCUGCAGGGGGCGCCCCUGGGCGAGGGCAGCUUCUCUGUGUGCAGGAAGUGUCGACACCACCAGAGUGGCCAUGAGUACGCCGUUAAGAUCAUCAGCCGCAGAAUGGAAGUGAACACUCAGAGGGAGAUUGCUGCCCUCAGGCAGUGUGAGGCUCACCCCAACAUUGUCAAACUGCAUGAGGUCUACACUGAUCAGUUCCAUACAUACCUGGUGAUGGAGCUGCUGCGUGGGGGGGAGCUGCUGGAGAGGAUCAAGAAGAAGAAGCUGUUUGGGGAAUCAGAGGCCAGUCAGCUGCUCAGGAGCCUGGUGUCAGCUGUCGGCUUCAUGCACGAGGCUGGAGUGGUGCAUAGAGACCUCAAACCAGAGAAUGUGCUGUUUGCAGACGAGGGGGAGGACUCGGUGCUGAAGGUGAUAGAUUUUGGUUUUGCCCGGCUGUGCCCUGCGGGCAGCGCCCCCCUGCAGACUCCCUGCUUCACACUGCAGUAUGCUGCUCCUGAGCUCUUCCACAGCACCGGUUACGACCAGGCCUGCGACCUCUGGAGCCUUGGGGUCAUCCUGUACACCAUGCUGUCAGGACAGGUGCCCUUCCAGAGUAAGCAACAGCAGCGAGCGGGGAUGACCUCAUCUUAUGCUGUUGACAUCAUGCAUAAAAUUAAAGAGGGAGACUUCUCGUUGGCUGGAGAAGCCUGGAAGGGUGUGUCAGGGGAGGCUAAAGAGCUUGUGAAAGGGCUUCUGACGGUGGAUCCAGAGAGGCGUCUCAAGCUGUCUGCUCUGAGAGAGAACAGCUGGCUGCAGGGCGGGGCCAUCCUAUCCUCCACCCCCCUCUGCACCCCAGAUGUGCUAGAGUCCAGCGGCCCCAUCGUCCGCUCUUAUGUCAACGCCACCUACAAGGCGUUCAACAAGGGGAAGAGGGAGGGCUUCUUUCUGAAGAGUGUUGACAACGCCCCCCUUGCAAAGCGACGCAAGCUCAAGAUGACAAGUACAGGUGUGGAGACUCGACGGAGCUCCUCUUGCUCAUCCUCUUCCUCCUCUUCCUCAGCUGCCUCUGCCACCGCAACAAACUCAAAAACACAGCCACCACACCAAACUCUGUCCCCGAAGCUAGAAAAGCACUAGAAGGGGAGUAGGGGGAAGAGUGGGAGGAAUAAAGUUAGGAGAAGGAAGCACAUUAAUUCAGAUAUGACAGAUUGGGAUACUGUCUCUGAAAGACCAGAGAUGACUUGAUUUGAAUUCCAAAGUCAUCUAGAAUCUCCAAAUUCUAAGUCUAAGAGCUUUUUUAUGAACCAACUAAGAGACUAGUUAAAUAUUUAAGGAUUCACCUCCCUGUUUUCUAGAAAGAUGAUGCUAUUUGCGUUAUCGUAAUGAUGCAAUGACUUUAUCUAUAUGUGUUUAUACCAUUUGCAGUAAACUGCAGUAGCUUGUACCAUCUCAUUUAAUUUUCUCAAGAAAUUAACUAACAUGUAAUUUCUUGAAUGGAAAUAAGCUUUAGAUCAGUGUUUUCAUAACUCCGGUCUAGAGGAUAAAUAUCAGUAUGGUAGGUUAUGGAAGACUGUUGGCUUUAAGGUCAUACUAAUGAAGGUUUCAGUGACCUUGCCAGGGUGACGAUGAUGAGCAUGCAGUUAUCCUGAUGUUAACAUGUUCUCAGUACCAGAG